AUCCUCCCCCCGCACCCCUUUGCUUGCACAAACGCCAUGAGCGCGGCUUCCAGCAGCCCGCACAGCGAGGCGGAGCCCUCGGAGGUGUCGGCGAAGCGGCUGCGGAAGAGCGAGCGCAAGGAGCAGCGCCGGGCCCACGCCAAGGAGCAGAGGCAGCAGCGGAAGAAGGCCCAGAAGCUCCGGAAGCAGGAACAGCGGAAGGCGCGGCUGGAGGCCAUGACCGCGGAGGAGCGGGCGGAGUUCCUGGAGCGCGAGCGCCAGGCGGGGCGGGACCGCAAGGCGGCGGCGGACGCGGCGCUGGAGAGCGCCUUCCAGGGCGGCCGGCCCCGCAUCGUGGUGAACUGCAGCUUCAGCGCCUCCCUCGCGCCCAAAGAGCUCACCUCCCUGGCCAAGCAGCUGCAGCUCGCCUACAGCCAGGCCCGGGAGCUGCGGAGCCGGUGCCAGCUGCACCUGGCCUCGCUGGGGCCAGGGAACUUGGCGCGGCGGCCCCUGGAGCUGCAGGGCCUCGCCAGCUGGAGCGAGCCA